AUGAAAUAACACCACAAACAAAGGGGAUAUCCAAUCGAUGAGCCUGUUUUAUAAGCAGUAAUGAGUGUGGCUUAAUUAUAAAACCUAUAUCCAAAAAUGGCUGAUUUCAAUAAAGCAAUAAAUCUCAAUUCAAUUUCAAAAAAAGCAAUAUUUUUGAUAUUGAGAAGUGCAAGCUUAGAUAAUAUUCAUAAAGGCAUGAAAUACGGAGUGUGGACUAGUACUCCAAAAUCGAAUGCAAGGAUUGAUGAGUUAUUUAAGGAAUCAGAGGAUGUUUAUUUAAUAUAUUCGGUUGUAGGCACAAAAGCCUUUUAAGCAUGCGCGAAAUUGCUUGGCCCUUUUGACCCAACAGCUUCAUUUCUUUAUUGGGAUGAACCAUUGAGAUGGUUUGGCUCAUUUUAAAUUAAAUGCUUAUUCUUGAAUGAGUUGAAGUAGAAAACACUCGAUGAAAAAUAACCAGCCCAUCUAGGUUCAAUAGUUUUAACAGAGCAAACCGAUUGCACUGAGAUUACAAAUGGAUUGGGGAUAUUUGUACUUUAAUGUUUCAAAGAUUAACAAGAGGAUGAAACCAACGUUAAUGUCUUGCUCCAGCAAUUUUAAAACAUGGACAGGAGAGAGGAAUAAAUAAAAUAACAAAGAGAUCUUGAUUAAAAUUUCUUAACCCAACAAUCUCAUGAGUAAUAAUUAUUUGAAAAAUCUCCUUUUGAAUAUAAAAACUAUCACAAGAGAUAAAACCAACAGAGAUGGUAAUCUAAAUAGGCCGAUCAAAUGAUGUACAUGCGAGCCUAUUAUUCUGCUAAUCAACAAUAUGCAGGUUCACAGUAUUAAGGUUAAAACCAAUAGAUGUAUAAAAAUGACAACAAACAAUAGUACAACAAUUAUGAUUAUCAAUACUAUUAUCCCUAAUAACAACAAUAGUAUUAAUAAAAUAAUAACUAAUUCAAAUAUGGAUAUGACUAAUAGCAAUAUAAUCAAAAUCCUAAUUAUUAAAGAUAACCAUAAAAAUAUUAAAAGAAAUAUUAUAAUAACUAUCAACAAAAUAAUUAUCAUUAAAAUAAUUACUAAUAAAAUAAUUAUCAGUAAAAUAAUAAUUAUUAAGGCAACAACCAAAAAUAUUAAAAACAUAAUGAUGAAUAGACUGUAAAUAACUAAGACCAAUAGUUUUGA